AAUCAUUGUCUUGUUUUUUCUUAAUCUAGGUGGAUUGUUUGAGUUGUUUGAUUACAAGAUCUCUUGGACUAUAAAAAGCAUUGAUUUUAUAAGCCCAGUCCAGUAUUGUCUGUAAACAUGUAUGGAACUCUAGAAUUUGAGAUUGAGGAUCCCGUGAAUAGAAGAAUUCACCAUCAAAAGAUUUCAUUGGAUCGCUUGAAAUGUUUAAUUAGACCUCUGAUCCUCGUUACUGGGAUUAUAAUUACUGUAGGGUUUUUUGUGUUUCUGAUACUGCCCGAGACUUGCGAUGUGACAUUCACUACAGCUACUGUGAAACCAACUGUGACACUCACUGGUAACUGCUAUCCUAAAGCAGCAGUGGCAGCAGACGCUGGAAAUUGCUCAAUUAUUGGAAAGGAUAUCCUGAAGCGUGGGGGUUCAGCAGUGGAUGCUGCUAUCGCUGCUCUGCUGUGUCUGAGUGUGAUUAACCCUCAGAGUAUGGGCAUUGGAGGAGGAGUGGUGUUCACCAUCUACAAUGAAUCAAAUGGAAGGGUGGAGACAAUUGAUGCUCGAGAAACGGCCCCAAAGAAGGCUACAGAGAACAUGUUUGAUAAUGAUCCUCAAAAAGGGAAUCCAGGAUUGUUAAUAGCUGUACCGGGAGAACUGCGGGGUUAUGAAAUGGCACACAAAAGGUACGGGAUACUGCCAUGGGAAGAGCUGUUUGAACCUAGUAUAAAGCUGGCAUCGGAUGGAUUUAAGAUUGGCAAAGCCCUGGCCAAAGCAAUCAAAAACGAACAAAAGAGAAUCCGGAAAAAUGCAGCAUUAUGUAAAGUGUUUUGCUACUCAAGCAGUAAGCACUUGAAGGAAAAUGAUACUAUAAGAUUUCCCAAGCUAGCUGAAACCUACAGGAAGAUAACAAAAGAAAAAGCAGAUGCAUUUUACCAUGGGUCACUGACUGAGGACAUAGUUCAUAAAAUCACAUCUGCCGGAGGAAUUAUCACACGUGAGGACCUAGAGGAUUAUGAGCCAGUGUUGACAGAGCCUGCACUGUACUUUACAGUGGGGAAUUACACAUUUCAUGCUCCAACUGCUCCAUUUGGUGGGCCUGUGCUCGCUCUGAUACUCAAAAUACUCCUGGGCAACGGUACAAAAGAUUCUCCAGGUUUCAACCUCUCCAGUAAAAGUGUGUCCACAAUAGAGAAUAUGACUUUGACCUAUCAUCGCAUGAUAGAGGCUUUCCACUUUGCAAAUUUUCAGAAGGGUAAACUGGCAGACCCACGCUAUGAAGACGUCACUGAGUUGGUCAAAAACAUGACUUCAGACAGCUUUGCGGACCACAUCAGGAGUAAAAUCAAAGAUGACAUCAAACAGACCAGCUAUGAUGACCAGGAGGCAGUUGAUGAAGGAGGCAGUCAUGAGGAAGUUGAUGACCAAGGCACAUCUCACAUCUCUGUCUUCGCUGAGGAUGGCAGUGUGGUAGCCGUGACCAGCAGCAUCAAUGACUAUUUCGGUUCUGGUGUGAUGUCAAACACCACAGGCAUUCUAUUUAAUGACCAGAUGUCAGAUUUCAUUGACAUGAAAAAUAAACAUAACAGAAUUAUACCAGGUAAAAGGCCACUAUCAUCAAUGUGUCCCACAAUAAUAUUUCACAAAGACGACAGCAGACAAGUGAGAAUGGUGGUUGGAGCUGAAGGUGCAACAAAAAUCACCACAUCUGUAGCUCAGGUGAUCCUGAACUACCUGAUCUUUGGCUAUGACCUGAAGAAGGCUGUUGAUCAACCCAGAGUUCACAUCUCACAAGAUCAGACACAUGUGGAUGAUAACUUUAAUACGGAUGUGAUUGAUGGUCUGAAGCAGAGGGGACAUGUUGUAUGUAACAAUUUUGAAGAUUCAGUGGUUCAAGCGAUUGGAAGAGAAGAGAACAAAAUCUGUGCUGAAUCUGAUUUCAGGAAAUUUGGCAAACCUGCUGGAUACUGACCGCUGCUUCUGUGUUUCUGCAUCUGAUAUAAACCAGGUUUAUAAGUGAAAUGAUCGUCCAGUGACGGCUCCAAAAUAGUUUGUUUGGGUGUUUUGGGUAUUUUUUUUUCUUUCUUAUACUUGUGUUUUUUAUUCUUGUUCUUGCACUUUGAAUUGCAACUGUGUAUGAAAUGUGCCUUGCCUUGUUUUAUGGAUGCUUUUAAUGCUCAAAUGGCACAGAAAAUGGGAUUUACUUAAAUAUGUAAUAUGUAGGCCCAGCUAAUAAGACUGGAGCAGGUAAUACAUAAUUAUUAUUUCACAAAAUAUCUACUGUAUUUUCACUGUGGUAUUCAAUCUUCUUUUAGCUUAUCUAAUGCUGUCACCUUGAGAUCUGCUAAAAAA